GACGCGUCAGGCGGCGACUUGAGAAGAACAACUGCCAUGAAGUUUCCUUGGCUCGAGUUCGCCAAGCUGACGCGACCCCGGUCGCUCUCCGCGCCCACGGAGCCUCAAUGCGACGAGGUCCGCGAUGACGCGCUAGGCUCAUGGCUGCGUCAACCAAAGAGCCGAGAUACCACUGCCCAAGAGAACGAACUCGACGAUGCGCAGGCCGAACUGCUCAUUGAAGCCGCGAAGGCCGGCAACGUCGACGAAGUUCGACGACUGUGCGAGGUCGUGGGUGUUGACGCCGACAUGCGCGGGUACAUGGGCUGGACCGCUGCACACUGGGCGGCGCGCCAGGGCCAUGUUCACGUCCUCGAAGUGCUGCACCGCCUCGGAGCCAACUUGGACUCGCUCGAUUGCCGCGGCGAUUGCCUCUUGCACAAGGCGGCGGCCAACGGUCAGCUGCAAACAUGCAAAUGGCUCCUCCAGCACGCAUUCAACGUUCACGCGACCAACAAGCAUGGUAUGACGCCGCUGGACUUGGCGCGCGAGAAAGUUCGCCAUGACAAAGACCCUACAACUGUCGCUUGCGAAGCCCUUUUGGCCAACGCCGCCGAGUGCACGUUUUAACAAUAGCGACACAUACACCGUAGCACACAAACAACUCGGGUGUCGAAACCAAAGUCGAAAACACUGAUAUUGGUGUGGUAAACGUAUUGUAAUAACACUGGAUUCGCCUUACACGAA